AUGCUUCGCAAGAACAGCACCAGAAGUCAGGAUCGCCGCCCCCUAAGUAGGAGCAAGUCAUCCGUCACCAUUGGCCGAAAUACAGCCCAUGCUCUCACCGGCAGCGAGCCGUUGGCGGUUGAAAGAGAUGCGUAUAUUGCUGCAACUCUCUCAUUCAACCGAGCCCAGCCACAGAAUCACAACGAGCGAAAGUCGCCGCGCUUAGUUCGACAGCAAAGUGUGAGAUUUGCCGGUCCGAAUGCUCAGCCUCGGAGAAUAUUGGCCGCUCGUGCAAGUGUGCCUGCGGCGAGCAACUUGCCACGACAUCUCAUGGGGUCUCAGCAGUAUUCUUUGGAGCCAGAGGAUGAAGCUGCGUCACUCACAUCGUAUGGAAAGCUACGCAAAUCGAAGUCAAUGUACGCUCCAGCAAUAACAAAAAUACCGACAUAUUCUUUGGACAAUAGUGACCAUUCCGACGUGUUCAAUGGAUGGCAAACAACGUCUCGAUAUUCAUCGUUUGCGAAAAAGGAGAACGAACCCAUUUGGAGUUCAGGUGGACCAUCACUAAGGGCUCCAAAAUCUAUGGCUUUCCUCUCACACGGCCGUGAAGGUUCGAUAUCACGAACAAAUACCAGAAUUAGCUCUGAGAUGUCUGAUGAGCUGACACGAAAUGGAUUCUAUGAGCCGCCAGGGAGCUUGAGCCGCCUCAAGACUCGGCCCUCAAGUUUCUUUCGAUCAAAUUACAAACAGAGUCCCCACCUGUCGGCUUUUCCCAAGUCUCUUCGAAGUAGCAGCAACAAUACCACAGUGCUCUCUCCAGCAUCCCUUUACGGUUUAAAUAACCCCUCUAGCAUUCCUCCAAAGCAACCGACCUUGCGAACCACGGCUCGCAAAAUCUCCAAAUCGCUCAAGAGCAGAAUCAAGGGGCUGUUUGGCCGCCCCAAGAGUACAGAUGAAGCUAUAGACCAGGCCGAAUAUCAUACCCCGGAACGGGAUUCGAAUGAUGGUAGUUGCUAUGGAACCCAGUCAACGGUGCCAACACGAUCGUCCCAGGAAGCAUCCAUGUAUCAAGGGCCAUCCCGGAUGCCUUCUUUCCAUGCAGUGCCGGCGAGUCAACAGCUCAAAUCGCGACAAGGCAGCUUCGCAAACGUGGAAAUAGAAGACUGCCCACCGACUGACGAUAAAUCAAGAGUUACCAGUUGGACAGACUCCACAGCGGCGACAAUUACCCAUCAGCCAAGGUCGGCUAACUGGAGCCGCCAAUAUGCCUUGUCUUCUCAAGCAGCUGAGACGGGAACUCUGCCUUCAUCUCACAAGCAAGCUUCUAUCCCUUUCGAUAGCAAUUCGCACAGAGGUCCUGCCGCCAACAGCCAGCGUGUGUACUCUGCUCUCAUAAAAAGACUUCAAGAAACAAAACAACGUCAAAACCAGUCAUUGGGAGAGAACCAUGCUACUUUGGAUGCUAGUGGAGCAGAUUCGCCGCAGAGCAACUCGACCAUAAGACGCCAGCCUCGUUGGAUCAGGUAUGAAGGAUCCACCAACACUAUUCGCCAUGUUCAGGAAGAGGAUGAUGUCUUUCAGGACCGCGCUGAAAAGACUGCUAUAUCACGUUCUUCGUCCUCCAAUAGUGUUAUCAGGGGCCUUGAAUCCACAGACUCGCCACAGAAAAGCCUGAGCCGCGAUGACUACCCCAACGCAGCUAUUGAUGGAGAGUGUAUGGCUCCUCUCGGGCAGAAUGCUACAGAGCUUCAGGUGGCCCCUGAAACUCAAAAAUCACUCAUCUCCAGUCGGAGCUCGGCCUUUUUUGCCAGCCCAACAUGUCAUCUUUUCCGUACGACAAGCCCGUAUCGCCGCGCACUACAGGCCACGAUGAAGGCCACCCAAGCUGAUGAGCAGCCUCAAACUCCCGGUACCAGAUAUCUGAGCUCUUUGUCCGCGCUUAGUCUCCCUACGCGGCGCUCGAGUACAGACGGAUCCGAUGACGACGAACGAAUGGCAUACGCAGAGAGUGUAUACUCCAAUUCUAAUGACAAGAACAUUUCAUCUCCGUCAAAGUCUAUGAAGCAAACGCCGAUGAAGAAAGACCAUGGAGAUGUCACCAUCUUCCUUCCAGUUGAAACACAAAGGCCAUCUCUCUCGCUCUCGGCCCGCCAUGCUCGAGAGGUGUCUUCUUCUAGCUCUAUUGAAUGGAAGACGUGGCUCAGUGCCAACGUGUCUAAGCUGGAGGCUUCAUCCACCACAUUGAGAACAGAUUUUCCAGAAGAAGCGUCGUCUGCUCCUCGCCAUUCUAAACACAUUAGAGAGAAGACUGAGAUUGAGCCCAAGGGGGACGACUUACUUCAAGACGUCUUGGGUAGCGGCUUGCCACUAAGGGUUGCAGCAGACAAGAAUAACAGUCCGUCUGCUUUGACGACAGUAUCGCAGCCACCAAAGUUUCAACUUGCGAAUCCCUGGUAUUCUCAAUCUCCGGUUGUCAAUGAAAACUCACCACCGGUAACAGGCAGAACUGUUUGCAGCAAAGAUACAUCUCCGGUUGGCUCAAAGGGCAAUAUGCGCACCAUACCGUCAGUACCCAAUGUCAACACCUGUGUCGCAACCAAUAUUGAAUCGCCGCUGGAGAUUCCACGAAUGCGCUCUCUCAAUACACUUGCUAAGCCGUGCUCUCCUAUGAGCGACGAAAUGCGACUUAGGCGUCAGUCGCGGACACGUCUCCGAGCUAAUGAUGCUUCAGCCAAGUCCAGUCCCGGGUUGACAACCGCCUUUGAGAGGCAGUUUGGAGUCAGCAAGACGGGCUCACCUGGAAUGUGGAAGGCAAAGGAGCAGUCGGGUAAAGAGGAUAGCACCCCCAGAUGCGAGGUUGAUGCCGGUAUUGACGAUAUGGGGCGGAGAGAGCUCGAUGCGCAGGUGAUGGGGAGCAAGAGAAUGGUUGAUUUAUUCUUGAGCAGUCGCCGCAAGAGAACAGCAAGUAGUCAAAUGGGACGGAGCAGCGACAGUCUAUCGGCUGCAUUUAUCUAA